CUGUUCUCGCGUUGCGUCUGAAAUAUGCAUCUGGAAAAAGAAGUUUUCGACAUCGCUCAUUUGCAAAGCUUGGCCACAUCCCUCGGAAAACGACAAAAACACAAUGAGGAUUGUGUAUAUGUGAGGGACCCGCAGUGCCACGAAACUCUUCAAGAUAUUUUGCGCUUCCUUCGCCGAGACACCACGAGUUCUAGGUCUAUCAUGUUGCUACUCCAUGGAUGGAAUUUAGUUGAAAAGGAUCUCAUCCCUCUCUUGCUGAACUACCGUGGCGAAGCAAGUGUUUUUCUGGACUCGAUUAAGCUGCUCGUAUUUCUUACAUUGCCUGCCGACCAAGAAUCAUCGAGUUACGCUCAGCAGCGUCGAUGCAUCCUAAAUACUCUCACUGCACUUCUGCAGAGUCAGGAGAUCAUUCCAGUAUUGUUUUCAGCUCUUUUGGUUUCCCUUGAACGAUAUGAAGUUAACCAGCUUCGUUCGAACGAUGAAGAUGCGAAAGUCAUCCAGCUGUUCCUGACACUUAUACGCAAUCUUUUGGCGGGGACUGAUUAUCGCGUUGCAGGAAGCCGCGGACAAGAUCACGUUGUGUUAAAGGAAAAGCUUUUGACAGUUCUUUUCGACUUACAAUUUCCUGCACUUCUGAGUCAAAUGGCGAAGGAUGCUAGAAAAAACCCAUUUACUGAAGAAUCUGCACUUCUUGUCGAAAUUUUUGAUCUUUUAUUUCUUGACCAGAAUCCGUCUCUUCUCGCUUUAUUUUUUGAUCAACAGCGACGUGAGGCACCAUCGGUCAAAGCAGCUAAAAAUUCGCAAUCUUGGACCACUUGCCAACAAGACAGACAUAAACACGUGCGACACAGUCGUUUUGGAAGCAGAGUGGUAAGCGCAAGUUCAGGAGAUACGGUGAACUCGAAAAGGACUGGAUUCCGCUCUUUUUUGUUGACUAGGAGGAGCUAUUUUGGAAAGGUGGUUUCAAUGAACUUAUUUUAGCAGCGUUGAGUCAGCUGCGCCACCAGUCCAACCUUGAUAGUGAAGAAUAUUCUGCACGACUCCAUGGAUUCCUCGGCAUCUCCAGCUUCUUUAUCCAUUUUUUUCGCAUUCGUUUCAAUUCAGGUGAUGAUGCCGUGCAACCAGUUACUAACGUCCUUGACAAGAACGUUCUAUUUUGGCUUCUUCAUGCGUGGCAUUCUCUGGAGGAAGCAAAGGAUGUGCAUGGAUUAAUCCGGAUAUCUGGGCUUGUGAAGGAAAUGUUUCUCUUUCUUGAUGAUAUAAUACGAAAAUAUGGUCAUGCUGACCAGUUUGCGAGCAAGGCUCUAGCAUCUGCUGUAUUAAUUGAAUCAAAAGACAACUACCUGCAUUUUUAUUUGACAGCUGUGAAGCGCUAUGACAGCAACUCCGUGCCAUUCGUAUACUUGGCCAACAUACUUGAGGUACGCGAUCGUUGAGCUGUUCGAAUAGCUUGGUUUUACUUCCUGUUUCUAUCAGGGGCUGCACGCGGUUGUAUCUCUCAUGAAGCAGGUAAAUACAGCUUUUUUUUCUCAACAUAUGUUUCGGACACCAGACUCAUACCUCCCAACACAGACUGACCUGACAGAUGUGACUCUGCCAGCAGAACUUAUGGUUCAGUCAAUCAUAGACAAACAUGUCCAGUACGAUAUUUAUGGUAUCAUUUUGACAUUUGUGUUCCAUCCUCACUGCUGUGCUACCAGGUUACUCGCGUUCUGGCACUUGAAUUCUCAAGAACUGAACAAAACAAUGAUGAUAUACCUCGGUCACGCACAAACAAUGGGAAAAAAUUGCUUGUAUCACUCGCUCAAAAUCCUUGUGAGUUUGCAUGGAUUUGCAACGGGCCAUAAUGGGCACACACCGUUUUCCAGUGACAUUAUGUCUAUGCAAUGUUACCGGUUGACAGAGACACCUUUAUUUUGUCCAGAAAAAUACGAUCACAAACUUAAUACUCUGAUUAUGUCGAUUGCAUACGUGACCUCUUGCAUACUGAAGUCAACUUAGCAGCAAUACCUUGGCAAGCCCAGAAGCAAAUCGCGUAGUUGUUUCGGAUUCGUUGGUCUCAUCAUAUGCAUAAACCACUAGACUCACGUUAAAAAUUUCGGAUGAGCAAGUGCACCAAGCGUGAACAUAUGUCAGAAGGAAACGCUACCGAGUG